UCUGUUCCCAUUCAGAGACUCUACUGCACCUUUGGAGCUUCUGCCAUCUUCCUCAACAUGUACGCCAGCAUCAUAUUCAUGGGGUACAUCGCUGUUAACAGGUAUCUGAAGAUUGUCCAUCCUUAUAGGACUCACUUCCUCCAAACAAUACAAGCAGCCCGCAAGAUUUCCCUAAUCACCUGGUUGAUUCUGCUGGCUCCCACAGUUAUCUACAACAUCCUGCUUUUGAUCACUCAGCCACAUGUAUCUGCAGGUCCUGGUUGCUGCAGUGCCUUCUUUAGUGAAUUCGGCAGUGUGCUCCACAAAACACUCCAUGCUGGCUGCAUUAGCAUCUUCCUGUUGGUCUUCAUAUCCCUGGUCUUCUUCUACUACAGCAUCUCCCGCAGGGUGUUGCUGGUACAGCAGAGGCAGCUGGCCUCCUCUGGCUGCGAGAAGCUCCUGAAGUCUCGCAGGAACAUGUUAGUGCUGGUCAGCAUCUUCUGUGUUUGUUUUGUUCCCCAUCACCUGGUUCGCCUUCCUUUUACUUUUCUAUGCAGCAAGGGCUUUGUUGGUCAGGUGUUAUACUACUUGAAGGAGGUGGCUACCUUAGUGUCAGUUUUCAACAUCUGCGUGGAUCCUGUUGUUUACUUUUUUCUCUGUAAGGCUUUUCGGGCCCAGUUGAGCCAGAAGACUGCAUCGCUGAGAGCACAUGUCAAUAUUGAACAAUCAAAGGAGGAGAAUGAAAACACUGAGCAACAGCUUAGCAUCCUCCAAUCAACAGCAACGAGUCAAACCAGUGAGCUGUGAGGAAA